GUCCCUGGGCUCUGGCUACCUGGCCCACUCCCCGCGGAGACGCCAUUCUGAGAGGUCACCCACUUGCGACCCCAGCAAGUCCCAACACACGCCCGCCGAGUGACCGGCCAUGGAAGCCUCAGAUGCCUCCAGAAGCAAUGGGGCCAGCCCAGAAGCCCGGGAUGCCCGCAGCCCCCCGGGUCCAAACGGCACCCUGGAGAACGGGGCCAAGGCCGAAGGCCAAGAUGCCAAGACCACCAACGGGCACGGCGGGGAGGCGGCCGAGGGCAAGAGCCUGGGCGGCGCCCCGAAACCAGGGGAGGGCAAGAGCUCCCUGUUCUCGGGGAACGAGUGGCGGCGGCCCAUCAUCCAGUUUGUGGAGUCCGUGGACGACAAGAGCUCCAGCUACUUCAGCAUGGACUCUGGGGACGGCAAGAGGUCCCCCUACGCCGGGCUCCAGCUGGGGGCUGGCCGGAAGCCGCCCCUCUCCUUUGCCGAGAAGGGGGAGCUGCGCAAGUCCAUCUUCUCGGAGCCCCGAAAGCCCACGGUGUCCAUCGUGGAGCCCGGGGAGGCCCGGCGGAACAGCUACCCCCGGGCUGACGGCGGCCUCCUCCUGCGCUCCAAGUCGGGCUCCGAGGAGGUCCUGUGUGACUCCUGCAUCGGCAACAAGCAGAAGGCCGUCAAGUCCUGCCUGGUGUGCCAGGCCUCCUUCUGCGAGCUGCACCUCAAGCCCCACCUGGAGGGCGCCGCCUUCCGCGACCACCAGCUGCUCGAGCCCAUCCGGGACUUCGAGGCUCGCAAGUGCCCUGUGCAUGGCAAGACCAUGGAGCUCUUCUGCCAGACGGACCAGACUUGCAUCUGUUACCUCUGCAUGUUCCAGGAGCACAAGAAUCACAGCACCGUGACUGUGGAAGAGGCCAAGGCAGAGAAGGAGACAGAGCUGUCACUACAAAAGGAACAGCUACAACUCAAGAUCAUCGAGAUCGAAGAUGAAGCUGAGAAGUGGCAGAAGGAGAAGGACCGCAUCAAGAGCUUCACCACCAGUGAGAAGGCUAUCCUGGAGCAAAACUUCCAGGACCUGGUGCGGGACCUGGAGAAGCAAAAGGAGGAAGUGAGGGCCGCAUUGGAGCAGCGGGAGCAGGAUGCCGUGGGUCAGGUGAAGGUGAUCGUGGAUGCUCUGGAAGAGAGGGCCAAGGUGCUGCACGAGGACAAGCAGACCAGGGAGCAGAUGCAAACCAUCAGUGACUCGGUGCUAUUUCUGCAGGAGUUUGGUGCACUGAUGAGCAAUUACUCCCUCCCCCCACCUCUGCCCACCUACCAUGUUCUGCUGGAGGGGGAGGGCCUGGGACAGUCACUUGGCAACUUCAAGGAUGACCUGCUCAAUGUGUGCAUGCGCCAUGUUGAGAAGAUGUGCAAGGCAGACCUGAGCCGUAACUUCAUCGAGAGGAACCACAUGGAGAACGGAGCUGACCAUCGCUACAUGAGCAGCUACACUAACAGCUACGGCAACGAGUGGAGUGCGCCCGACACCAUGAAGAGAUACUCCAUGUACCUCACGCCCAAGAGUGGGGCCAGGACAUCGUACCAGCCAGGGUCCCCCAGCCGCCUCUCCAAGGAGACCAACCAGAAGAAUUUCAACAAUCUGUAUGGCACCAAAGGUAACUACACCUCCCGGGUGUGGGAAUACUCCUCCACCAUCCAGAACUCAGAUGAUGGGCCUGCAGUCCAAGGCAGCUCCUCCUUCUCCCUGAAAGGCUAUCCUUCCCUCAUCAGGAGCCAGAGCCCCAAGGCCCAGCCCCAGACUUGGAAAUCUGGCAAGCAGACUUUGCUGUCUCACUACCGGCCAUUCUAUGUCAACAAAGGCAACGGGAUGGGGUCCAACGAGGCCCCGUGA